UCGGUGUGGGGACUUCGGUUUGAUUUUCCAAAGCUUGGGCGCCAGUGUGUUUUCUCCGGGGACAGUGAGGGUCUCUGGGGCGUGGUGUGCUGGGAGCUGUAGUCCGAACUCCCGCAUCUGCAUCAAGAUGGCGGCUGAGCCGAGAGCCAGAGAACCACAACUCCCAGAGUCCUCCGCGCCCCCGGGGACCCCGUGAGUCCACAGGGGACUGCGAGAGCUGGAGAUGUCGGUGCCCUUGUCCCGCGCCUGCAGUGAGCGGCUCUGUUCAUGAAAAGGAACCUGGAACGGCACUCCCGGGGCUAAAUUGGUAUCCGUACAUGUCGUGGGGCCAGGCCGGCUCGAGUGUGCUGCGGCUCCCAGCGAGGCUGCUGCCCUGACGUCCGCGGAAACAGGCCCUGACCCCGCUGGCGAUGAAGAGUGACUCCGCGAGCCCCGCGGCCGCCCUCGGGCUGUGGGGGCCGGUGAGGAGCAGCGAGCCCGCGCGCGCCGCCCCCGCCGCCGCCGCCGCCGCCGCCCUGCUGGAGGACGCCGCAGACCUCCUGGUGGUGCACCUGGACUUCCGCGCCGCGCUGCGCACCUGCGAGCGCGCCUGGCGGAGCUUGGCCGGCGACCAGGCGGCAGCGUACGUGCUGGGCUCCGCUCCUUUCCGGUCUGCUGGCAGCUCCUUGGAGGUGAAAGGCUCCCUUUGUGUUGUGGGGAUCCAGGCCCUGGCAGAAAUGAAUCGGUGGCGGGAAGUCCUGUCCUGGGUUCUUCAGUAUUACCAGGUCCCUGAAAAGCUACCCCCCAAAGUCCUGGAACUAUGUGUUCUUUUAUACAGCAAAAUGCAGGAGCCUGGAGCUGUGCUGGAAGUGGUCAGUGCCUGGCUGCAAGACCCAGACAAUCAAGGCCUUCCAGAAUACAGAGCCUUGGCAGAACUUCACCUGCAGCGGGUGCUCCUGCCUCUCGGCUACUUGUCAGAGGCUGAGGAGCUAGUGGUGGGCUCUGCAGCCUUCAGUGAGGAAGAGCGGUUGGAUGUACUUCAGGACAUUCGGAAGGCAAAGCAACAGCAGAAACACCAACACUUGGGCUCUGAGGAGGCCCAGAAGUUGAACCAGGAAGGCUCCUUCUCCCACAAGUUCCUGUCACUAAUGAUGUUGUUUCGCCGGCUUUGGGAUUCUAUAGUGAGCCACUUCUUUUCCAUGCCCUUCAAAAAGAGCCUCCUGGCUGCCUUGAUCCUCUGCCUCUUGGUGGUGAGGUUUGAUCCAGCUUCUCCUUCUUCCUUGCCCUUCCUCUACAAGCUGGCUCAGCUCUUCCAUCGGAUUCAGGAGGGCAUGUUUUCUCUCUACCGGCUUCCUGUCCACGACUGAGUGGUCUUUCCCAUUCCACUCACCGUCUCUACUCUCCAAGUCUGCCAGGACAGAAGCAGAGUAACUCAUCAGUGGCAGCUCUCCUGUUGCUGGCUGGGUGCUAGUGGGAAUGGGGCCAGCCCCAAUUCUAGAAAGAGGUGAUCCAGUCUGGUGAACUGUGUUUUGCCACCUGAAUGUUCUCCCCUUUGCACCCCACUUCGGCUAGUGUUGGUAGGUAAUGUGGGAACAAAGUGGGGCCAGAGGCCACAAAUCCUCCAGAAUAAUACUCCCUUAUACCCAGAGGCCCCUCCUAAAGGAGGAGUUUGGGAGAGGAGCGUGUCCGUGAAAUAUUCCAUUUUCUUGUCAAAGGCAAGGAGUUGAUUUCUCAGGUCAGGGUGUUAAUGAGGCUGGAAGUACAGAAAACUCUGAUGGAAUGACCCUUGGCCUUUCACUUCCUUGGCCUUUCACUUCCUUCUAAAACUUACCUCUGAAAAUUGCCUCACAAGGCAGGUCCUUAAUUAGGCAGAGUAAAGAUCUGAGAGGGCCUCUUUUUUUUUUUUUUUAAUUUAUUUAUGAUAGUCACAGAGAGAGAGAGAGAGAGAGAGAGAGGCAGAGACACAGGCAGAGGGAGAAGCAGGCUCCAUGCACUGGGAGCCCGACGUGGGAUUCGAUCCCGGGUCUCCAGGAUCGCGCCCUGGGCCAAAGGCAGGCGCCAAACCUCUGCGCCACCCAGGGAUCCCUGAGAGGGCCUCUUAAUUCUUUUCUAUGCUCCUCUCCACUGGAUCUGUGGACAGGAGCAGAGAGAGGUUAUUUAUCAAUACACCAUUCCUGUGGUUCUGCAAUGGGCUUGAAGCUGCUUGGGCCCUCUCUUUUCAGACCAGGAUGUGGUUUUCAGGUGACUGUUGAAAGCCAAGUAAAGCUGCUCUGCUCUUCUCACUGGGUAAAGUGAUCUUGCUUGGUGCCCCUGGGCUUCAGCUCAAUUUUCCAGGUUGUCAGUGGCCAAGUCCUGCUCUAUUACACACAGUAUUCCUGUGCUCUCUUCCUGUCAAUCCCUGCAAUAGUAUUUUUGCACUUUUUCCUAUGGCUGUUUCACUAGGUUCUGCCUAUAUCAUUGCCUUCUUGGUGCCCGCUGUUGCUGGUUGCCUCCCUUCCUAUGUCCUGUUGUUCUAGUUAUAGUACACUGUUGGUAUAAUGUACAAGUUUUUCUGCUCAUGUGACCUUGAAAAGUAGGCCAGCCCCAGAAGCUGAUGAGCUGAAAAUGGAACUGGGUAAUCAGGUGAGCUAGAAGGGAUGUGUGGAGGGAGUUGGGCAGAGGGGAGAUAUGGGUUUUGAAGUCAAUGAACAAUUCAUUGCGGAGGCAUUGGGGCCAUAGCAUUUGAGAAUUUGAAAUGUUUCAGUGUUUUCUGUCACUGGCCGCCAGAAUCUCAGAUGUUUCUGUGCAAGUAAAUAUAAAACACUGCUGUGCUGUUGGAACUGUAAAAGGCUUUCAACAGGGGCUAGGCUUUUUGAGGCUGAAGGCCAAGCAAACCACCCCCUGCUGGGGCUUCAGGCAGUGUUGAUGCCAGGAAUAUAGGAGGUGCUUAUUAGUUUCUAGUGGGUUGCUUUUCAGGAGUUUCAAGUCAACAACUUCUCUUUAGUAAAAUGGGUAGAAUAAGUAAACCUCAUGGGCCCUAGGUAGAAAAGUUGGCCCUAGGGUGUGGUCCAACUCUGUGGGAAAUGAAUCCGUGCUUUUACAUAUAGACUUUUAAAUAGAGUUAAGAACUCUGGGGAGAGGCAAGGAGACAGGUUAGCUUUGGUAUCUCUCUGUUAGAAUGAUUUCUCAAAAUGAAGAUCUAGUACCUUUCUUGACCCUAGAUAAAAGUCUUUAAUAGCUUUCCAUGCAUCACAUGGCAUUUCUUAAAUCCAUCAUGCAAUUUAGGGCAUCUUCUGCACUGGUGUUGGCUAACACCUCCACUUUCCUGCAGGCCUCUGUUCUUCACACCUGCUGCCCGCCGGCUGUGCAGCCUGUCAUAGUUUUCUGAACAUUUCCUGCUCCUUCACACCGCUGAACCUUUAGCACCUGCUCUUCCCUCUGGGAGGUCCAGCUCCCACUUUUUGCCUUGUUAGCUCCUCAAAUUUCCAGACUUCCUCAAGGUUACCUUUGGGAAUCCUUUCCCUAUGUCUUCUGCUUCCAUGUCCCUAUUUCCUAUCCUUCUUGUGGUUGUGACCUCAUGGCCGUAAAACUGUGAAGUUCUUUGUUCCCUCCAGUCACUGUGAGCUCUUUGAAGCUGGGGAAUGUGGCUUGUUGCAAUGUUUAAGAAUCAGGUUUGGAUCCCUGCUCUAUUACUCACAGAGGUAUGUGACGGUUGGAAACUGACCUAUCCUUUCUCUGCCUCAGUGUCCUCAUCUGUUAGUGAGUUAUUAUCUCAUAGACCAAGUAAAGGAGAGCCGACUUAGGAAGUGCUUAGCAUGUUAUCCUGCUCCAAUAAGAGCUCUUGUGAGUGGUAGCUGUGUCCUGGUCGCCUAGCCCAGCCCCCAGGAAUGUGAAGGUAUUCAGAGAUAUUCAGAUUAAUGAACUGUUUCAGCCACCAUGACAUAAGAUCUGUGUGCUUUGGUGUGUUUUGUAUUGUGAAAAGUCUGAGUAAAAAGAAGACCCGACUAUGCCCACCUUCUUUUUCUGUCUGUUCCCUGAAGUUCCUCUGUAUUAUUCUGCUUGCAGGCCUCUAGGUUCUGUUUGAUGUUUGUCUUGAACUCUUAAGUGUUGUCUGAUAACCAGCCCCAAUUCCCUUCCUAGUCCAACGAGGUACUCAGAAUCAGAACUGCUCUGAUGAGACUUUGACCCUUUCUAAGGAUGGAGGCUGGUAUUCAUAUUAGUCUUCAAGUCUGGGCUUCACGAGGUCAGAAAUGAAGGGAGGGCUUCCUUGUUGGACUUAGACCUGUGUUAGCCAUUAGCCACAUGGGGUUUUUGAGCAUUCGAAAUGUGGCUAGUCCAAAUCAAGAUGUUCUGUAAAUGUAAAAUACUCACUGGAUUUUGAAGAUUUAGUACUAAAAAAAGAAUGGAAACUCAGUAAUUUUUAUAUUGAUCGCAUGUUGAAAUGAUAAUAUUUUGGACAUACUG